UCCCUGGAUGAAAAUGGCUUCUCCUUGCAGGAGGAGCCCCACCAUCUGCGGUGGCCUUCUUCUCCUCUUAGCUUUCGUGGCCGAGACGGCCCAGGGCGGCGCCGGCGCGUCAGCUCCGGCGCUGUACGUGCUCGGCGACUCGCUGGCGGACGUCGGCAACAACAACCACCUGGUGACGCCGUUCAGGGCGAACUUCCCGCACAACGGCGUCGACUACCCGGGGCACCUGGCCACCGGCAGGUUUAGCAACGGCCACAACCUAGCAGACUUCAUAGCUGCUAGUCUCGGUCUUCCCUCCCCUCCAGCAUACCGCUCCCUCGGCAACACCAUCUCACGAAACCACUCCAUAUUUCUGAAGGGUGUAAACUUUGCUUCCGGGGGUGCAGGAGUCUUAGACGGCACAAACAAGGGCCUGACAAUUAGCUUCGACGAACAAAUCGAGCGCGACUACUCCACCGUUUACGGAGGACUGGUGCAGCAGCUCGGCCAGGCUCAGGCCUCGAUCCACGUGGCGCGAUCGAUCUUCGCCGUCGGCAUCGGCGGCAACGACAUCGCAGCCCGCGUAUUGUCAGGCCCCGCAGAUCAGCGGCAGAUGAGCUCCGACGAGCAGUUCAUCGGCUCGUUGGCGCAGUCCCUGAGACGCAAACUGCAGAGGAUGUACAAGCUGGGCAUGCGCAGGUUGUUCUUCGUCGGCACCGGGCCGCUCGGGUGCUACCCGCUGCUGCGGCAGCGGAGCCUCGCCAUGGAGUGCGACGCGGAGGCGAGCUCUCUGUCAGUGCGGUACGGCGCCGCGGCGGCCGCCAUCCUGCGCGCCAUGAGCACGCGGCGCCCGGGCUUCCGGUACUCCUUCUUCGACCAGUACACGGCGCUGCUCGGGUACAUUCAGGAGCCAGAAGCGAAUGGCUUUGCUGAAGCGAAAGCGGCGUGCUGUGCCCUGGGGAACGGCACUGCCUUGUUGAUAUGCACACCGGCGAACGCUCUCUGCGCCGACAGGGCCAGCCAUGUCUUUUGGGACGGCGCCCAUCUCACGGACGCCACCACGGAGAAGCUGGUGGCGGUGGCCUUCAACGGGUCCGCGCCUAUGGUUUCGCCGGUGAAUUUGGAAGAGCUUAGUAUGUAAUGUACUGAACCAACUUAAGAAUAAUGGUGUGAGGCAACUAUAUAUACCUUAUAGAAAAAAGGAUGAAUUUCCAGAAUUUGCAAUGGUACACCUCCAGCAGGGCAAUCAUUUUAUGUGAUUGGAAAUUCAAAGUGACUGCUAAUAUGUAUUCAAUCAACCUCAUAAUUAAUAUUGGUAGCUACUACCAUUUUUUA